UGGCGCUACAAUCUAGGAGAUGUAAAAAGCUACCCAUAAAAAUUAAAAAUUUAAAAAGUCAAGAUCCCCGAGCUGGUUAGCAAAGGGCUGACUUGGCGUCUAGUCCAGGCGGCAGCUCUCGGAGCCUGGUCCUGGGGAAGCCACUCUGGGGCUAAGCAGGCAGGGGCUGAGCUCCGGGCAGAACGAAGCCACACCCUCCGGGACAGACGUCAUUCCACUCGUGCUCAGUUUCGGUAGAGCCGCGAAAAGAAAAGGCUUAAGUGGCUGAUUGCGGAGCCGCAGCCCACACAGGGAGCGCUCAGCAGACAAUGCUGUCAGCCCCAGGAUGCCGCUGCCCUGGCUGGUAGCAUGGAUGGCUUCAUUAUUCCUCCUCUCCUGCCUCCUGAUCUCGGGUGCUGCUGCUUCCGGAGAGACACCCUGGACUACUUCUGCUCCGGAGCUGCCUGCCCCUUCCCCUCCCAGAGAGGCGCAGCUGCCUAGUCCCCAGAACGUCCAGUUUAAGGCCAUCCUUUUCUACCACAUUCUCCACUGGGAGCCGGGCCAGAAUCAGACCCAGAACAUCGUCUAUGAAGUGCAGUACAAGAGGUAUGGGGAUUCCUGGAAGACUGUCCCCAACUGUACCAGGAUCCCACACCUCACCUGUGAUCUGACCCUGCCAACCCUGGACCUUGAAGACAAUACCUACUGGGCCCGAGUAAGGGCCAUUGCUGGUCACCAGAUGUCUAAGUGGACCAGAACAGAUGGUCGAUUCGCUAAAGAAGAUGUAAUUCUGAGGAUAGACCAUUUGAAACUACAGUUGAGUGGCAACACUAUCCUGGGGGAAAUCUUACCUGCCAGGCCCCCACUGGCUAAUGGAAAUAUCUCUUAUGAAAGCCUCUUCAAACACUACCGGGAAUAUGAACUUUGCAUCACCAAUGUGCUAGAAAAUGAUACGUCCUGUCAGAAAUCCUGGAAGAUAAAUAGUCAAAAAUUUCUCCUGCCAGUCCCAGAAGCAGGGAUGAUCUGCAUCAAGGUGAAACCUGUCAUCAGGUCCAGUAUUAAUGAAGGAUUAUGGUCAGAGAAGAAGUGCAUUACUGUCACUAAGCCAUAUCUCACAGUGACUACCAUCAGUAUCUUCUUUGCCUCUCUUCUGACAGUCUGCAUUGCUGUUUGUUACCUGAGUAUUCGACUCUACUUAAGAAAACCCAAGAAGCCCCCUGAAGUCCUGCUUUCCCUCACCAAACAAAGAUCCUGUGGCAUCCUGAGCAAGGAGUCCUUCAAAGUGAAGCAAGAUAUCAUCUGCCCCCUUGAUGAGGCAACCUUUCCCAAAGUAUCCCUGGAACUGAAGAACUCAGAGCUCCAUAGCAGCACAGACAGUGGCUUCAGCAGCACCAAACAAUCCCUGCAGUCAGAAGAUCCCCAAUUCCUCCUCCCAGUCCUGGAACCCAUCACAAGUGGAACCUCAGAGGAGAGAAGCCCUCAUCAACCAAAGAGUGACCUUAGUACCAGCAGUACCAGCACCAGCAGUACUGACAGUGGAAUUUACUUGCAUAACCCGAACCCACAGACAGGGCAGGAAUGGAGGCAGCAACCAGGGACUGGGGACCAGGGCCAGGAAGACAGUGGCAUUGGCCUGCCCCAGAGUGCCAUAGCAACCCCACUAGGGUCCUCUCAUGGCCUCCAAUACAAUAGGGGCUCCACAGCUCUGGAAGGUAACAGCUCUCCUUCCAAGCUGCCUGAGGAAGAGGCUGAAGCCUCUGUGGCCUUCCAAGGCUACCUACAACAGUCCAGAUGCACAAAGAAAAGCCAGGAGGAGACUACCAGCCUGGGAGAGGAUCCUUCCCACAUUGGCAGCCCAGGAUACAAAUGCAGGACCCACAGGGAUGUAGAGUUAGGCUGGCCCCCACUGGCCCAGACUAAAGGCUAUUUAAAGCAGAACUCAGCAGGCCAGAGCCUUGGGAUCCUAGAGGCUUUACCUAACCAAUGGAUUGAGCCAGCAGAGGAGUGGAGCCUCCUAAGCUUGGCCAACAAUGGGGACCUAAAAACCUUUGACAUGCCUGACCUCCCUCUUCUGAGCUUCCCCACAGCUCCUACCACCCCAGGGAACUUGAAUUCGGAUCUGUUAACCUUACCUUUGAUCUCCAGUCUACACACAAAUGAGUGAUUUGGAUUACUUGGGAGAAAUAGACGAGACUGACUUGACCUCAACACUAUAGUUGAUAUUGGGCCAGAAUGGACCCAGCCCCAGGGACACAUGCUGGGGGGCAGCUGACAAACAGUAAUAUAAGCUCUCUCUUCUGCACAAUUAGAAACUACCUCAUCUGCCUUAGAGACAUUUGGCCUAUGAUAAGCCCUGACAUGCCUCCGUGGUAUGCCAGGGUGGACAUGGGCUGGGUGCAUAGGAGAGUAUCAUACCAAGUUAACUGACAUGGCCCUUUGACUACUGUUAGUCAGAACCAGGGGUCUCUGGGACCUAGCAAGGACUGAGGGUAAUAGAGCAAGGAUGACUCCUUCUCUCACCAAAACACCCUUUCCAGAUCAUGUAAAAAUGGGGUUUGGGAAGCUCUAUAAUGAGGGGCCUUGACUUGGGCCUGAAGGGAAGGAUAAGGAAUGGAUAUGGAUAGGCUGCAUUGUAGUGAUGAUUUUAGAGUAAGGGUUUCUGAUGUCAGAACUUUAGCUUGGAGGGAACAGGGACAAUUUCUACUAGGGAAAAAGAGGGCAGAAGCUAGCCUUUGAUCUUAGGGACAAUCAGUGCUCAUGACUGGAAGGAAAAACCCAAUGGGACUGGGGAAGAGGAGAACCAAACAAAGGGAGAAGGCAGUACACAAGUUCUCUCUCUGAGGAGUUUUUUCACCAUUCUUUCAAACUAUUGUGGCUCAGGGCAGUAAGACAAUCAACUUGGAUUUUGAAUCCUACUUCCUCUCUCUAUUAACAUGAUACUAUUCUAUUGGCCUCAAUUUUCCUGCCACAGGCCAGGGUCCAGCCCCACUUGUGAUUCCAGGGAUUCUCAGCAGAUGGAAGGGGCAGGCAAAAAUAAAAAAUGGAAGACAUCUGUGCAUAUGUAUCAGCCAGGAACAAGCUUUGCAUCUGGUGGCUGCUCCACCAUGCCCAGGCUUGGUGUUUACUCUUAUACCCAUUUUCUUGGCACACAGAUACACUUUUCAGCACACAUAUUCAAGUAAAGGUAAUUGGAAAAGUGACACAUUAACUUUUAACAAAUUGUUUGAUUAACAUUCUGAGAUCAUUCUCUAUUCUUGUAUUGUAACUAUUGAUUUUUGCCAGGAUGGAUAAAGGUUCCACAUAAGAUAAAUGAUUUUGUCACAGGUGGCUUAAUUUUCUCAUUAACCUGUGAGGAAUCUAAGCUUGCAAACAAGGAAAACUACUUAUUACUUUUAAUAAAAAAUAAAUUAUCAGAAAUUCUAACACAAUUCAGAUUAAUUAUUAGGUUAAUCAUUUUUCAGAGUUUGUAGGGAGUUUCUAGUUAGUGAAAUUGAGUCACUGAGGCAUGGUAAAGCUUGGAGUACCUGUACAUUUUCUAUGGGCCUUUAUGAUUGAUUUAUGUACUGGCUUUAGGAGAACAAGUCUCUAUGCAGAGAGAAUGGGGAGAUUCUGGGCUGGGCUUGUGUUUAACUUGCUGGGAAUGAUGUACCAGGGCAAAAGUUAACCCAUGAUAGACUUUUUGGGUUUGGGUUUUAGAGUCUGAUCUCUUGGUGAUAUUUUGGGGAAAUGGAGUGCAAGUAUUUUGCUCUUGUAUUAUUCCAUAUGAGGCUAGAGAGAGGACAACAAUCAUGUCAAUUCCAUUGGUAAGGGAUGUUAAUGAGAGAAGUCAUGCAGAGGGAGCUGAGUGGGCAAGUCCAUCCUGUCAAAGAGCCAAUUGAUGACCUCUUGGUCACCAUGAGUGACUUUGUCAAGGUGUUGUGGCUUGAUGGCUCCCAGUAUUUUCCCAUCUGUAAAAUAAGAACAAUGAUGCCUAUAGUACUUAUCUCAUGAGGGUGAUGUGGUUUUGAGAUAAGGUGUACAAUGCAUUCUGCAGAUUUUAAAGUGUUUUAUAAAUAUCAACUAUUAUUAUUUUUUCAUGUUAAUAAGUAUUUAUGGAGUUCUCAUUCUGAAUGAAUAUUUAUUAAGCCCCUACCAUGUAGAGAAGAAACUGUGCUCUAUGCCAGGGAACUAUAAAGUUUAGAUAAGAUGC